CCAAUGUUGGUGUGGUGAUUGAUGGAUAGCCGAAUCCGGUAAUAAGCAACACAACGUCCGACCGAGCCUCAUUGACCGUUUCGCCGUCCGAGAGAUCAACCUGUAUCACAGCCCAAGCCACUUCCGUAAAGGCUCCCGAUUGGCUGUACGAACCCAUGUUUGCUGUAGAGUCAAGCCGAUUGAGCCACUCUUUGGGGAAUUUCUAGCGCUUCUGUGCAGUCUUCCGUGCAACGCCCAAAAAACUCAGGCUCUUGUGUCGUCCGCUGCCUUGCGUGUAUCGGCCAUUCAGGCAUUCAGCAUUUCACGCUUGGUCCCGCAACUUGACUCGCUUGUUUAGACACGGGAGUCCCAGCUUAGCAAAGUUGAAGUCAGCAUCUGGACGUUUCACCGACGCACCAACCAAAUGCACCCCUCCGUCAUCAGUCACACCCUUGUCCCUCACGUUAAACCCGAAUCGGGUCUGAAUAGAAGCCACAAGGAACAAGCAUUUGGAGAUUUGAUGUUGAACAGAUCGGUUUCUUAGUGGCUGGCAAAGGAAUCUUCGCUACAAGCUGUGGAUUACACGCCACAGCCGACGAGCCAUCUUACGCCGGAGGAAUUCCUUGUCGUUCCCUGGAGUGCGUCAUGACCGUGAAAGACGAUGACCGGGAUCGCCCACGCAGGAGUCAGAGAGAAAAGGACAGGGAACAACGUCGCCCUCGAUAUCGCUCGCCACCAUCGUUACUAGGGGAUCCCGUUGAAAAGGAAGGAAGCAGACACUCUGAUACCAGAUACGAGAGACGGACACCUAGGAUAUUCCACAGAACAAGACCAAGCGACCCCGCCACCAGAGAGAGAGAACGGAGAAGGGCUGCUACAGGAGACCACAGGUUGAACUCAUCAAAUCCAUCGAUGCCCGCCUCCGACUCGAAUUCCCGCCCCUCCUCUGCCUGCUUCCUGGAGUCAAAGCCCAGUUUACCGUAUCCGACAUUCUCCAAAGCGCACAGCAAAGAAGCGGUCGGGGUUCUGGGGAGCAGGGAAAGCCUUGGGCAACCUAAAGUGGACAUCUUGACGCCCGAACCAACUGAUCUAACUACAAGAGAUGAAGCAAGUGGCAAGGCAAGAGGAGAUGACACUAGUCCUACAGAGCAGGGGAAGGCAUCACGACGGCAUAGCACUCACCGCUCCCCACCAAGCCCCCCGUUAACGAACCUCGAUCAACAGUCAACGAGGAGGGACAGUACAAGUGGGAACAAGAGAUCAGAGGAGAAACGAAGUACAACAAAGAACCAAGAUGAAAAGAAGAAGCAUAGGCCCAAACCCAUCUCCAAGGAUUCUACCUCAAGCUUGCGGCGCCGCAAGUCAGAUGAAGGUUCGAAAACGAGCAGCAGAGGGUCAGGACCAAGUACACCGGGGAAGCUAUUGUUUGAAUCUCUGCACAAUCAGCACAACAAAUCUCCAACCAGCGGAAAUGCAUCUAAAUCAAGACCGCUCGGGAGGAGCAAUUCAGCCAAACAGUCAUCCCGCAGAAAAGUAAAGUCCUCGCCAGACCAGUCAUCAGUAACACAAGUCGAAAUUGAAGUUGUACCCUCCACUGUCGACUCAGAUGCAACAUCUAUCGCACCGAAUCAGCAAUCUACAUAUCAACGACCCUCGAUGACUGUGAGAGCUCCGCCUGAACCUCGCAGAACUCCUACGCCAAGAGGAUACUCUUCCCCGAGGAAGCAGAGCCCGCCAUCAGCACUUCACUCCCCGUCCACUGGGCUGCCCCCGCCCCCGCCUCCACCACCUAAUGUGCCCAUUACCAUCCCGAAAGUGGACUAUUUACUGAACAAUGGUGGGCUCAAAUAUCAUGUUCCUAGGAGCUUCCUCGGGGCGGGCGAAUCUGCAAACAUGCCGCAGGAUUUCUUCAAACCCGCUGCAGCUGCCUCAAAACUUUUUGAGCCAUACAAUAAGCUACUGGACGACUACGGGGCAGUUAUAUCGAAAUGCGGAUCCCUCGCCGUUGCUACAGGGUAUAGAUCGGUCGCAAGGAGGCUGUUGGACAGGUUGGAAGCCGUGUUUGCGCGAGAUAUUUCGUCUGAAUCAUGCCAGUGCGUCUUGUGUUCCCACAGCGAGGUUUCGCCAGAGGGAGUGAGCUGGGGCGAGGUUUUGGAGCUUGUUUCUGGUCGACAAGAUCUCCCGCCGUGGCCUCCGUUUAACAUCGCUUCCCAACCGGGCGCCGCAGAUAUUACGGAAUCAAACAGUGACGAACCCAUGCAGAAGUUGGAUAUGGAUAUCCCAGAGGAGUUUAGGGAACACUUUGUUCGCCAGUCUAGGAAAACGAAGCAUGCUGUGGAUAAAUGGCUUUCUUGCAACAACGACCACCAAAGCGGCAGCCCGCCUGAGGAAAUUGAUGACGAGACUCUUAUGUUUGCAAUGGUAACUUAUUUGGACAAGGAGGAAAGAGAAUUAUUCAGUGCACUAUUAGAUAUCUCAAUGGGACCGCCAGAGCCAAAACGCGAAACUCCCAAACCACGAGAUCGACCAGAUGCCAUCGUUCAAUCCGGCGCUGCUAUCCAACGACUAUACAGGCUAUCUGUCCCACCCCGUGACCCUGAAACAGCGCUUUAUUUGCUGAAGAACCCGGGCAUACACCACGUUCUAGCCACACUAGCAGCCAUCAGCAGCGAUGAAUGGGACAUUCUCAUAUCAGGACGAUUCGACGGAUUCCUCCGCAGCGGGGCCGACGACGACCUUCCCCAAACUUUCUCCGCCCCUCCCAUCCGCGGGGCCAGACCCGGCUCCACCCGACCCACUUCCCAAGCAUCCAACACCAGACUCCGAAACGUCAGCCAGCCGUACGGCGGUUCUUCAUAUCCAUCCCGCACCUCCACGCCGGCGCCGGCCUCAUUUGGCGCCCCGAUCUACGUCGAUGAGGACACUGAAAUCGCCGCCCUUGCUGAAAUAGAACGAGAUAUCUACCUGGGCAUGGAAGCGCUGGAAGACGCCUUCGAAAUCCUGCAUGUCAAAGCAGAGGCGAUCCGCGGUGCUCUUCGCGAGCGUGGCGCAGGCUUGCACGUUGCCAAUCUAGCGCGGCGCGGGGGAUCAGGCGGUGUUGAGGUGCUCUCUGGCACCCCUGCGGCCGGCAUCGGGGGCUACGGGCCGAAUGGCCACGGUGGGUGGGAGAGCUCGACGGAUGACGGGAUCGACGAUGGGGUUUCGGAGAUUCUGCCGUCUGAUUCUGCAAGUAAUAUUAGCUCGAGUCGAAGGCGACGGCCGAAGAGACGGAAUGAGAGGAGGACGCCGGUUGUUUUUGAAGAGGAGGAGGAAGAUGAUGAUAACGAGAUUGUUGCGACGCAUGAUUAUAGGACGAGGAAGAAACAUUAGGUUCUGGGGAGAGUUGUUGGGGGUGUGAAUGUGUCCCGAGAUGCCGCAUGUAACAUGCGGUGUAUCUGUAUUAACGAAAAAAAUUAUGUCAUGGAUCCCUUCCUUCGUUUCGUUUUUGUGCUUGCUCCCUUUUGACUUGAUUCGUUUGUUCUUACGUUCCAUUGCUACCGCUUUUCUCUCUUAUUUUUUUUUUUUUUUUUUUUUUUCUUGUAUGUGCAUCUGCUAUUUGUGAUCAUUUCUGCUCUAUACAAGCUUUGCAUGGCCGCUCUCAGCAACAUCCCCAUGUUAGAAAGGGAAGGAAAGAAAGGGGGAAAGAAAAAGCAUGUCGACGCUUUACGAUGACAUUAAACGGCUUGAUACCCAGUAAUGGACUACUAAUAUGAAAUGAGAAACACGAUCAUGGAAUAAAUUCAGCGGGCGGAAAUGUUUAAUGUAUCUCCUGUCUUUUUCUUUUCUUUUCUUUUCUUUUCUUUUCUUUUCUUUUCUUCUCCUUUCCUACUGUUAUUUUCUUUUCUCCCGGCAUCUACUUCCUUAUCUUUUAUAUUCCCACUUUAUCUUUUCUCCGCAGCAUGAAAAUUGUUUCAUACUUCAUACUCCGAGCUUUCACCUGGUUCUGUAAUUCAGCUUUAUUCCAAAGUUUUACUGUCUCUCCUCCCAUAACCAUAAGAUACCACCGCUGCCAUCUCAUACCCAAAACGCAUUUUCUUCGUGCAAAAAUGACCGAUAGUUGAUCAAUAAAAGGGGAUAGGUAACAUGGCAUAUACAGUAUUGCCUGUUCAUUCUAGCUUUUUUUAUUAUCAUAUGUUCCCUCUUUCUUUACGCCCUCUGAAGCCCCCCAGUGCUAUUUGCGUGUUCGUUUCCACAUUGCCGUGACCAAAAUAACACCCUCAUGCCCUCUCCCCGCCCCUUUCUUUCCCCAGCUCAUCAGGAAACGAACGGUUCAUUGGACAUAUUUGGGAUAUGUACUGUAUUGAAUGCAUGAUUUUACCUACCCGAGUCAACGGUAUUUUUCUUUUAUUAUUAUUAUUAUUAUCAUUAUUACUCCAAUCAAAACAAGAUGAUAAGCCCUGAAUUUGAAUUGAGAAAUCCCUCCGUGAUCCAUUGAUUCACCCGCGGAAACAUGACGGAGAGAGACCAUUUAUUU